AUGCAGGUUGUACAAGAAUAUGAACGAGCUGUUAUAUUUCGAUUGGGACGCUUGAUGCCGGGUGGUGCCAAGGGCCCAGGUAUCUUUUUCAUUGUUCCUUGUAUUGAUACGUAUCGUAAAGUUGACCUCCGAGUACUUUCGUUUGAGGUCCCACCUCAGGAGAUAUUGUCUAAAGACUCUGUUACUGUUGCAGUCGAUGCUGUUGUAUACUUUCGCAUAUCAAACGCGACAAUAUCGGUAACAAAUGUGGAAGAUGCUGCGCGAUCGACGAAAUUACUCGCGCAAACCACACUUAGAAAUAUUUUGGGAACAAAAACCUUGGCGGAAAUGCUUUCCGAUAGAGAGGCUAUCUCACAUCAAAUGCAGACUACACUUGACGAAGCCACGGAACCCUGGGGGGUGAAAGUGGAAAGAGUUGAAGUCAAAGACGUCCGUCUUCCAGUUCAAUUGCAACGAGCGAUGGCGGCUGAAGCCGAAGCGGCUCGCGAGGCCAGAGCAAAGGUGAUCGUUGCCGAAGGUGAACAGAAAGCAUCUCGUGCCUUGAAAGAAGCAGCAGAAGUUAUCGCUGAGUCGCCAUCUGCUCUUCAACUACGCUAUUUGCAAACGCUUAAUAGCAUCUCGUGGGUUUCCUACUUCUCAAUUAUAUACCAACUUUGGAGC